AUGUCCGGUUUAUUGAGUUUCUUGGAAGAGGAAAGGAAGAGUGUAGAAUACUCUAUAGAGAGUCUGCGUAGCUGCCAUAUCACAAGCCAGCGUACCAAACCAACUGCAUCAGUGCAUACGGCUGAUGUUCGUGAACCACUACUAGCUAACAAUACGUGUCUGAUCCACGAUAGUGCCCAGCACACGACAGAAGACUGCAGAGCAUACCUGGCGAAAGCUGUGAGUGACAGAAUACAACGAGUUAAGGAAAAGAGAGCAUGUUUCCGAUGUUUGAAACCAGGUCAUGGUGUAUUUAAAUGUAAGAAAGGAUACUGUGGGAAAGAUGGUUGCCAGAGAAAACACCAUCCAUCUAUUCACUUUCAACAUCCCGAGAAGCCAAGGGAGGUGAAACGGAAUGGUGCGGUUUUUAAGCCUGGAGGUUGUAUGCUGAUGGCGAUUGCUGUUAAAGCUAGAAAUGGGACGACGCUUAACACAAUAUUUGAUAGUGGAGCAACAGCAUCAAUAAUAACACAUGAGGCUGCAAGAAGAGUUGGUGCUAAAGGAGAUCAUGUAGAGAUAAAACUAACCAAGGUAGGCGGAGAAGAAAACGUAGUAGAAACAAAGUUGUACGAAAUACUAUUGAAAGACAGAAGUGGAGAUAUUGUGAAGGUUAAAGCAUAUGGUAUGGAGAGCGUUACCAGUGACUUAAGGGUUCAGGAUGUCAAGCGACUAGCCGGUUUACUGAAGGUGGAUUGGAGGACAGUUAAUAGACCUGUGGGCAGAGUAGAGCUGUUGAUCGGCUUAGACUACGCCAAUCUUCAACCUCAGAAGAUAAAGGUGGUGGGUAAUCUAAUGUUGAGUACCAGUCCAUUUGGUAAAUGCGUAGGAGGAUGGCAUCCAGUUUGCGAGAGUGAAUCGUUAGCAGCUAUACAUUUGACGCAAGUUGAUACCCUUUAUAAUCAGUUCUUGACUAUCGAGAGUAUUGGAGUUCGGUGUAACCCUAAGUGUGGUGGAUGUAAAUGUGGUAAAUGCCCAUUAGGUGCAAAGGAGUUCACGUUGCAGGAGGAGCGUUAA